AAUGGCCGCCGGGUGUGGUGAGGGCGGCGCGCUCAGAUCCUAGGUCUCGUUCCGCGCACCGACUCCUGACAGCGCCCGCGGCACGGCCCACCCUUUCCGCCGCGGACGUGGGCGCCGUUUCCCGGCGGUUGUGAGCCGGUAUUGGAAUAAAGAAAACUACAGUUUGCUGUGAAAAUGUCUGUUUUAAUAUCACAGAGUGUAAUAAAUUAUGUAGAAGAAGAAAACAUUCCAGCUCUGAAAGCUCUUCUUGAAAAAUGCAAAGAUGUAGAUGAGAGAAAUGAGUGUGGCCAGACUCCAUUGAUGUUAGCUGCUGAACAAGGCAAUUUGGAAAUAGUGAAAGAAUUAAUCAAGAAUGGAGCCAAUUGUAAUCUGGAAGAUUUGGAUAACUGGACCGCACUUAUAUCAGCAUCAAAAGAAGGACAUGUGCACAUUGUGGAAGAACUGCUCAAAUGCGAGGUUAACCUGGAGCACCGUGACAUGGGAGGAUGGACAGCUCUUAUGUGGGCAUGUUAUAAAGGCCGUACAGAAGUAGUAGAGUUACUGCUUUCUCAUGGUGCCAAUCCAAGUGUCACUGGUCUGCAGUACAGUGUUUACCCAAUCAUUUGGGCUGCAGGAAGAGGUCAUGCAGACAUAGUGCAUCUUUUACUACAAAAUGGUGCUAAGGUCAACUGCUCUGAUAAGUAUGGAACGACCCCCUUGGUCUGGGCCGCAAGGAAGGGUCAUUUGGAAUGUGUAAAGCAUUUAUUAGCCAUGGGAGCUGAUGUUGACCAAGAAGGAGCUAAUUCUAUGACUGCACUGAUUGUGGCAGUAAAAGGAGGCUACACACAGUCAGUAAAAGAAAUUUUGAAGAGGAAUCCGAAUGUAAAUUUAACAGAUAAGGAUGGAAAUACAGCUUUGAUGAUUGCUUCCAAGGAGGGGCAUACAGAGAUUGUACAGGAUCUCCUCGAUGCUGGAACAUAUGUUAACAUACCUGAUAGGAGUGGGGAUACUGUAUUGAUUGGUGCUGUCAGAGGUGGUCAUGUGGAAAUUGUUCGAGCACUUCUUCAGAAAUAUGCUGAUAUAGACAUCAGGGGACAGGACAAUAAAACUGCUUUGUAUUGGGCAGUCGAGAAAGGAAAUGCAACAAUGGUCAGAGAUAUCUUACAGUGCAAUCCUGACACUGAAAUAUGUACAAAGGAUGGGGAAACACCACUUAUAAAGGCCACUAAGAUGAGAAAUAUUGAAGUAGUAGAGCUGCUGCUAGAUAAAGGAGCUAAAGUCUCUGCUAUAGACAAGAAAGGAGACACUCCUUUACAUAUUGCUAUUCGUGGGAGGAGUCGGAAACUGGCUGAACUUCUACUGAGAAAUCCCAAAGACGGAAGGUUACUCUAUAGGCCCAACAAAGCAGGAGAGACUCCCUACAACAUUGACUGUAGCCAUCAGAAAAGUAUUUUAACUCAAAUAUUUGGAGCCAGACACUUGUCUCCUACGGAAACAGAUGGUGAUAUGCUUGGUUAUGACUUAUAUAGCAGUGCCCUGGCAGAUAUUCUCAGUGAACCUACCAUGCAGCCACCCAUCUGUGUGGGGUUGUAUGCACAGUGGGGAAGUGGGAAAUCUUUCUUGCUCAAAAAAUUAGAAGAUGAAAUGAAGACCUUUGCAGGACAACAGAUUGAACCUCUUUUUCAGUUUUCAUGGCUUAUAGUAUUUCUGACCCUGCUGCUUUGUGGAGGACUGGGAUUAUUGUUUGCUUUUACAAUUGACCUAAAUCUUGGAGUAGCAGUGUCAUUGAGCUGCUUGGCUCUCUUAUACAUCUUUUUCAUUGUCAUUUACUUUGGUGGACGAAGGGAAGGAGAGAGUUGGAAUUGGGCUUGGGUCCUUAGUACCAGAUUGGCAAGACAUAUUGGAUAUUUGGAACUCCUCCUCAAGUUGAUGUUUGUGAAUCCUCCUGAAUUGCCAGAACAAACCACUAAAGCUUUACCUGUGAGGUUUUUGUUUACAGAUUAUAAUAGGCUGUCCAGUGUUGGUGGAGAAACAUCAAUGGCUGAAAUGAUUGCAACUCUCUCUGAUGCUUGUGAAAGAGAGUUUGGGUUUUUGGCAACUAGACUUUUUCGAGUGUUCAAGACUGAAGACACACAGGGUAAAAAGAAGUGGAAGAAAACAUGUUGUCUCCCAUCUUUUGUCAUCUUUCUUUUCAUCUUGGGCUGCAUUAUUGCUGGUAUUACUCUUCUGGCUAUCUUCAGAGUUGACCCCAAACAUAUGACAGUGAAUGCUGUCCUCAUAUCAAUUGCCUCAAUAGUGGGGUUGGCUUUUAUAUUGAACUGUCGUACAUGGUGGCAGGUGCUGGACUCUCUCCUAAAUUCACAAAGAAAACGUCUUCAUAACGCUGCUUCCAAACUGCACAAAUUGAAAAGUGAAGGAUUCAUGAAAGUUCUUAAGUGUGAAGUGGAAUUGAUGGCCAGAAUGGCAAAAACUAUUGAUAGCUUCACUCAGAAUCAGACACGACUGGUGGUUAUCAUCGAUGGGCUGGAUGCCUGCGAGCAAGACAAAGUUCUUCAGAUGUUGGACACUGUCCGAAUUCUGUUUUCCAAAGGCCCAUUCAUUGCCAUCUUUGCAAGUGACCCACAUAUCAUUAUAAAGGCAAUUAACCAGAACCUCAAUAGUGUGCUUCGUGAUUCAAAUAUUAAUGGACAUGAUUAUAUGCGCAAUAUAGUUCAUUUGCCUGUUUUUCUUAAUAGUCGUGGACUAAGUAAUGCAAGAAAAUUUCUUGUAACUUCAACAACAAACGGGGACAUUCCAUGCACAGAUGCUGCAGGUAUCCAGGAGGAUGCUGACAGACGAGUUUCACAAAUCAGCCUUGGGGAGAUGACAAAACUCGGUAGCAAGACAGCCCUCAAUAGACGGGAUACUUACCGAAGAAGGCAGAUGCAGCGGACAAUUACUCGGCAGAUGUCCUUUGAUCUUACAAAGCUACUGGUUACGGAAGACUGGUUCAGUGACAUCAGCCCUCAGACCAUGAGAAGAUUACUUAAUAUUGUUUCUGUGACAGGGCGGUUACUGAGAGCCAACCAGAUUAGUUUCAACUGGGACCGGCUUGCUAGUUGGAUCAAUCUUACUGAGCAGUGGCCCUACAGAACUUCCUGGCUCAUACUGUAUUUGGAAGAGACUGAAGGUAUUCCAGAUCAAAUGACACUAAAAACCAUCUAUGAAAGAAUAUCAAAGAAUAUUCCAACAACAAAAGAUGUUGAGCCACUGCUUGAAAUAGAUGGAGACAUAAGAAAUUUUGAAGUGUUUUUAUCUUCACGGACCCCAGUUCUUGUGGCUCGAGAUGUGAAGACGUUUUUGCCAUGCACAGUAAACCUAGACCCCAAACUACGGGAAAUUAUUGCAGAUGUUCGUGCUGCCAGAGACCAGAUUAAUAUCGGAGGACUUGCAUAUCCUGCUCUGUCUUUACAUGAAGCUCCUGCAAGAGCACCGUCUGGCUACAGUCAGCCUCCGUCUGUCUGUUCUUCUUCCACUUCCUUCAAUGGGCCCUUUGGAGGAGGGGUUGUGUCUCCACAGCCUCACAGCAGCUAUUACAGUGGUAUGACGGGACCUCAGCAUCCAUUCUACAACAGGCCAUUCUUUGCCCCAUACCUUUACUCGCCAAGGUAUUACCCUGGCGGUACCCAACAUCUCAUCUCACGUCCAUCAGUAAAAACGAAUUUGCCCAGAGAUCAAAGCAGUGGCCUAGAGGUUAUCAAGGAGGAUGCUGCUGAGGGGCUUUCUUCACCCACAGACUCCUCGAGGGAACAGACUUGGAUGCGAAUGUUAAAGAUGCCAAGGCCGUGUGACUCUGGGUUUAACAAACAAAGACAGGGAUCAGGCCCAGCCUCGGGACCAGUGAUAUCACUGAACUCAAUGAAUGUGGAUGCAGUUUGUGAGAAACUGAAACAAAUAGAAGGGUUGGACCAGAGUAUGCUGCCUCAGUAUUGUGCAACAAUUAAAAAGGCAAACAUAAAUGGUCGUGUAUUAGCUCAAUGUAACAUUGAUGAGCUGAAGAAAGAGAUGAAUAUGAAUUUUGGAGAUUGGCACCUUUUUAGAAGCACAGUAUUAGAAAUGAGAAAUGCAGAAAACCAAGUGGUCCCCGAAGAACCCCGCUUGCUGAAUGAAAACAACAGUGGCCCAGUUUCUCAUGGUGAAUCUGCUCGUCAUUCUUCACACAAUGAAUUACCUCAUACUGAGCUUUCCAAUCAAGCACCCUACACACUGAACUUCAGCUUUGAAGAACUGAAUACCCUUGGCCUGGAUGAGGGUGCCCCACGUCACAGUAAUCUAAGUUGGCAGUCACAAACUCGCAGAACACCAAGUCUCUCAAGUCUUAAUUCCCAGGAUUCCAGUAUUGAAAUUUCAAAGCUUACUGAUAAGGUGCAGGCUGAGUAUAGGGAUGCCUAUAGAGAAUAUAUUGCUCAGAUGUCACAAUUAGAAGGGGGAACAGGUUCUGCGACAAUUAGUGGCAGAUCUUCCCCACAUAGCACAUAUUAUAUGGGUCAGAGUUCAUCAGGGGGCUCUAUUCAUUCUAAUCUAGAACCAGAAAAAGGGAAGGACAGUGAGCCAAAGCAAGAUGAUGGAAGGAAGUCAUUUUUAAUGAAGAGGGGAGAUGUUAUAGAUUAUUCAUCAUCAGGGGUUUCUACUAGUGAUGCUUCACCCUUGGAUCCUAUAACUGAAGAAGAUGAAAAAUCUGAUCAGUCAGGCAGUAAGCUUCUUUCAGGCAAGAAAUCUUCAGAAAGGUCUAGUCUCUUCCAGACAGACUUGAAGCUUAAAGGAGGUGGACUGCGCUAUCAGAAACUUCCAAGUGAUGAAGACGAGUCUGGGCCAGAAGAAUCAGAUAAUACCCCACUGCUCAAAGAUGACAAAGAUAAAAAGGCUGAAGGGAAAGUAGAGAGAGCGUCAAAGUCUCCUGAGCACAGUGCUGAGCCCAUUAGAACCUUCAUUAAGGCUAAAGAGUAUUUAUCAGAUGCGCUUCUUGACAAAAAAGAUUCCUCUGAUUCAGGAGUAAGAUCCAAUGAGAGUUCUCCUAACCACUCUCUUCACAAUGAAGCUGCUGAUGACUCCCAGCUUGAGAAGGCAAACCUCAUAGAACUCGAAGAUGACGGUCACACUGGCAAGCGGGGAAUACCACAUAGCUUGAGUGGCCUACAGGAUCCAAUCAUAGCUCGGAUGUCCAUUUGCUCUGAAGACAAGAAAAGCCCUUCUGAGUGUAGCCUGAUAGCCAGCAGCCCUGAAGAAAACUGGCCAUCGUGCCAAAAAGCCUACAAUCUGAAUCGAACACCCAGUACUGUGACUCUGAACAACAACAGUGCUCCAGCCAACAGAGCUAAUCAGAAUUUCGAUGAAAUGGAGGGAAUUAGGGAUACUUCACAGGUCAUUUUAAGGCCUGGUUCCAGCUCCAACCCCACCUCUAAUCAGAAUGAAAAUCUGAAAAGCAUGGCACACAAGCGAAGCCAGCGUUCAAGUUACACGAGGCUCUCAAAAGAUUCUUCAGAGCUUCAUGCAGCUGCCUCUCCUGAGAGUACAGGUUUUGGAGAGGAAAGAGAAAGCAUUCUUUAAGGGAACAUAAGCAGAAGUAGAAUAGUGUCACUGUAUUGAGUUUUAUAGUGAAACUGUCCAUGCAUGUCAUUUUUUAUAUGUCAUUAGAAAUAAUGGAUGAGAAGGCAUAAUAUAGGAAAGAAAUACAGGGAGGUAUAAUAUUAGGAAAGAAAGAAAGGUAUAAUAUAGGAAAGAAAGGAAAGUAUAGGUAGGAAAAGAUGAUGGUCAUCAAUCAGCCUCCACCGUGAUUUUAGUUAGAAACUUAAGAACUCAAAUACUUUCAACUUUCAUUGGUACAUAACCCAUAAAAUUUUUUUGAGAUAAGAUUUGAGUAUAAAGUCAGAAGUAGUUUAUUAAACAGAGGGCUUAUUUUGCCAAACAAAAUAAGAAACUAAAAAACCUUUUUGUAGAACAUUCACUCAUCAAGUAUUUGAAAGAAGAUAUGGUGUAAGAUGAAGCAGAAAUAAAUUUUGCUCUUAGAAUCAAAAUAGAAAUGGAAACAUUAGAGUAUUCCAAAGAGUAAAAGUAAAUGCUCUAUAACUUGAGAAUAAGUAUUCUAUAUACUAGACAAGUUGCUGAUUAAAAAGUUUUAAAAGUUUAAGUAGAAAAUAUACAAUAAAGAAGGCUAUGAAACUUGAUAAGAAAGUAAGUCAUUGGUGCAUAAAGUAUAGCCCCAGUAACUGGCAAUUAAGAGGUGCAAGGACCAUGUCAGCAGGGAAGGCCAAUGACCUCUCUGUCUCCUGGAUGGUCUCUAGAUAUUCCCAGACCUGGUUUCAAGCACCAUUCACCUGCUUGAGAACCCAGCCUGGUCUACUCUAACUCGUUAAAUUGUGUUCCCAACAUUUCAUAUUAACCCUUGAAGUGAAAGGAAAGAUACUAAAUGCUUUGGGAAAUCAGGAUAACAUAGAUGAUAAUAAUAAUAGUCAGUAAUGAAUAUUUUGGAAUAGGCGAACAAGGAGAUAGUUACAACAGAAAAGUCAGUGUCAACUAGCAGCUGACAAGGAAAUAACUGGGUUAAAUGAAAAUAUUGUCUUCUGUAGCAGGGCAUAGUGUAUUUACUUUAUCUAUUCCUAAAUUAACAUGUUGAUUCUGAAGAAGGAUCAUAUGAAAGGAGAUACUUUCUAAUGACUAAAAACAUAACAGAUAAAAGAUAAGACUGGUGUGAUUUUUCAUUUAUUGUUAGUAGAGUGAUGGAAAUGAUCAUAUUUCAAUACUGAGUGGACUAGAAAUGUACCUGUCUCCAAGUAUUGGACUUACUGUUUGAGCAUUAUUUAUAUAGAAUUGAUUUUGGCAGUGUAUCCUCAGUCACAGAGAAGACUGUAUAUGUUGAAGUUGUAGGUGCACUAGUACCUGAAUUUUAGUGUUAUAUCUGUGAUGGUUAUCAUCUAAUGAAUUUUUAUUAAUUUAAUGAAUAAUUUAUUUACUUGAGCAGUCAUUGUACUUGCUAGUUGCUAUAUUUGGUUUUAUUAUCUUAAGUGUACACUAACAUUUUCAUGAAAUGUUCACUUUGCAUGAUUUUAACAAACGUUUUAACCAGUUUUUUUACAGGUGGGAUUGAUGUUAUUGGCAUUAUUGAAAGUUUAACAGUUUAAUAAUUAUAGUAUUAGUUUACAGUGUUGUAUAAUUAGCAGUUGCUUCACAGGCAAUAUUUUGUUCCUUUUCUGAAGAGUAUAUUCAGCUUAAUAUCACUAUGGCCUGUAUACUGUUUGUGAAGUUAAUAGAAAGUAUUAAGUGUACAAAUAGAUUUAGAAAACAAUAAAAAAAAUUGCAUGCUAUUCUGACUCAUGAAUUUUUAUUCACUUUAGUAAUGAUUCACAUUUUCGUUAAAAUUUAAAUUAUUUCCGUGUUUGUUUUAUCUGUCUGAAGUCUCAGAUUCAAACAGCAGCCAUGUGGCUGGAAGGGUUCUGAGCUGCCUCAGCUAGUCUUUUUGCUCUUCAAUCACAGUGCCCAAAUCCUGCUUUUAUGAAACAUUACUGAUUAACAGUAACACCCUGGACUGUGCAUUUUUAUAGGUAUAAGAUGUAGAUUAUCCAGAUCCUGCAUAACACUUUUAUGAACAUUCUGGAAAAGUUUGGGCUUUCUUCAUGCUGCUACAGAGAUUGACUAACCAGAUGGGUUAUUGAGUCACACCCUCAUCCUUCUGAAUCUGUGUCCGUGUGUGUAUCUAUAUCUAUUUAUAACUUAUAGCUCAAUCAGAUUCUCAUCUGUACAAAACUCUGCUUUAAGUUGGAUAAACAAUUACGGUAAAUUGUGGCUCUAAAUUUGCAGGUUUUUAGAGUCUCAUCAUUUCAGGUCUUGUGGUAUUCCAUAAGCUAUUUACCUUCAUUUAAGCCACAGAUUGUUCUGUUCUUGUAGCAGAAUAUUAACCCAGAUCUGUUCAUCUUGAACACAUGAAAUGAUACAUUGAUGAGUAAAGUGUUGGUGUAGAAAACUGAAAAUGAAGCUGUUGAUACCUUGCUACUGAUAAAAUCUCAAAAAUUCUGGAAUUUUAAGGAACAGUUUCUUAACUUCUGGAAAAUGUAAACAUAUAUAACUAAGCCAACAUUUUAUCAGUUAAAAGGAAAUUUUGGUUUUGUAUUAUAUUUUUUCAAAUAAUUUAGUCAGAAUAAUAGUCAUCAGUUGGGGCUGGAGCCAUAGCACAGCGGGUAGGGCGUUUGCCUUGCACGCGGCCGACCCGGGUUCUAAUCCCAGCAUCCCAUAUGAUCCCCUGAGCACCGCCAGGGUUAAUUCCUGAGUGAAGAGCCAGGAGUAACCCCUGUGCAUCACCGGGUGUGACCCAAAAAAAACCAAAAAAAAAAUAAUAGUCAUCAGUUUAAGUUUAAUUGCCUAGCCAAAUAUUUUUAAAAACUUAUUUGCUAAAAUGCUCUGGCUGAGAACUCUUAAUUUGCAUGCUGUGGUGCUGCAGUAAUGCAUAUUUGUAAUUUGUAUAUUUUUCCUUAUAAAUACUAACCACUAGAAAAUAUUGUUGGGGUGAAAUUAAGUCCUUUAUUUCUAGCUAAAAUACUAAAUUUAAAAGGUUUAAGACCACAUAAUUUUUGGUUACACCAGGAAUUCUCAGCCUAUUUAGAAGUACUCCAAAGUUUUAAAAUCCUGAGCUCCUGCUAACUUGAAUAAAUCAACAAACUCCCAGGAAAAG